AUGCUUUCUGAUAAGCAUAAGAGCAACGAUGAGGUAAAUUCAGUUGCCAGUCAAAAUAUCAACGAUUUGUUACCUUCCAUACCAGCUACACCAACUGACCAACACCAUGAAACAGAUAUACUUUCUGAAAAAUAUGGUAACAGCAAUGAUGAGAUGAACUCAGUUGCCAGUUCUAAUCA